AGCCGCGCGCGGAUUGAGUCAAGUGAAGCUACCGAGAGGUGGUGUUGACCGACCGCAGCAGGUUUUCAGCAAGAAACCUGACAAAUCUAACUUCCUAAGGCGACUGACAGUAACGCCAAGACCUUAAUAAACUAAACGGAAGGGUCAGCGGUGCCGGAGUUGAGGCGACGCGACAGAGAGAAGAAAGUAAAUCCCGGAGGGAAAGCGCCCGAAGUGAGCUUGAGGAUCAAAGCUAAUGCUAAGCUAGCCAGCUAUUGCUAAAUAAUUAUACGGAAACUCGUGUCACAUCGUCAGCUUUGACAUAACCACUGUGGUUACAAAGUAGAUAGUCGGGGGAGAUUUGUUAAGUUAUAUGUUACAUUUAAUUUAAAUCGCGAGGUGCUUUGCCUUUACAUUUUAGGCCACAAGCGACUUAGCAAGAGUAGCUACAAUAGCCGGUCUUACUGAGGUUACACCGGCUCUGCGCUCUUUAGGACAGACAGGUGAUACUGCUAAAGAUAGUUCGCUUUCAAAGCAACUUUGCAUCUUGAGGAAUUAGUGUUUAUAAGUUAGACUUGGUGGUGUCUAAGCCUUGUGCUUCACAAUGCUGAAACAACAGCAGCAGCCCGGCUCGGGCGGGCGAAAAGCCUCGAACGGGACCUCGGGCCCCGCCGGUAUGUCUUCCCCAGUCAGCGGCAUCAACAGCGGCAACAGGACGCCGGCCGGGAGGAAUCGAACUUCUGCAAAGCCAUCAUUCCAGUCAUCUCCUGUGUUUGAGGGUGUGUACAACAAUGCCAGAAUGCUUCAUUUCCUCACAGCUGUUGUGGGCUCCACCUGUGACAUAAGAGUGAAGAAUGGCAGUGUAUUUGAAGGCGUAUUCAAGACCCUCAGUUCUCGGUGCGAGUUGGCUGUGGAUGCCGUACACAAACGCGGUGAGGAGGAGGGCCCAUCAACACCUCUGCCACGGAGGGAAGACAUCACUGACACCAUGAUCUUCAGCCCCUCCGACCUGGUGACUAUGAUCUGCAGAGACGUCGACCUCAACUAUGCCACCAGAGGUACAAAUGCACGCAACAGAGACACCUUCACAGACACAGCCAUCACCUCCACUCGUGUCAAUGGAGAACACAAGGAGAAGGUUUUGCAGAGAUGGGAGGGAGGAGACAGCAAUGGAGAGAGUUACGAUCUGGAAAAUGAUGCCUCCAACGGCUGGGAUGCCAACGAGAUGUUCCGUUACAAUGAAGUGAAAUAUGGAGUCACGUCAACAUACGAUUCCAGCCUUUCCAUGUAUACUGUACCGCUAGAGAAGGGCAACUCUGAGAUGUUUCGGCAGAGGGAGGCGCGAGCCGCUCGCCUGGCCAAUGAGAUUGAGUCCAGCCCCCAGUAUCGCCAUCGUGUCGGCUUGGAAAAUGAUGAGGGCAAAAGCGAGGAGGACAAAUACAGUGCUGUGGUUCGGGACGGGAACGAUCGUGAGAGGGGCCGUGAAAGCCCCCGUGACAGAGAGCGUGAAAGGGGCCGAGACAGCCCUGGAGCCAGCACCAGGGAGGGCAAGUACAUUCCAUUACCUCAACGUCAGAGAGAGAUGAACAGGGAACGGGAGCGAGCUGAGAGAGGUCCCGGUGGGCCUCCACCUCACAACCGUUUGAGUGGAGGUUAUCGCUCCAACCCUCCAUCCUCCUCCCCCAGACCUCCACUGCCCUCCGCUACUGGUCCACAGUCUGGCGUCUCCCCCUCAGAGAGAAACAGCCCUCUGUCAGGCCGAGGCGGGGCCUACACCCCACACCACCCCCAGGGAAGCCCAAGCCCAGGCCCAAACUCUGGUCCAGCGGGCCCAUAUACACCUGCCUCUCCAGGAGGACCAGCACCCACACCAGCCUCUGCUUCCUCUGCCCCAUCCCCAGCCAGUCCCCCCGCCCCACAUGGACACACAGUCCCUCAUUCCCACUCACUCCCACACUCAAUGUCUGACGCUGGCAGGCCUGUUAAUGGAGUCUCUACCAGAACAUCGCCCAAAGCCCAAAGACCGACACAGUCGAGCAGAACAGUCCGAACUUCAAACUCACACACUACUCGCUCCCCUAAAUCAGGUUCUUCCCAGGACACGCCUUAUUUGGACACAUCGUCUGUCUCUCUGCCUCCCCAGAAGACGUCUGGCCCCGCCCCUCUCUUCCCUGUCGAUGUGAAUGAGAUCCUUGGUGCAGCUGCAAAAGAACGCUCCGCCGAGAGCCCCAGCGGCACAGAGGAAAGCAAAAGUAGUAAAGCACCCUCAGUUCAGCAAAGGUCGCAGAUUGAAGAGCUGCGGAAAUUUGGCAAGGAAUUCAGGCUCCAGCCGAGUGGAGGCAGCUCCAGCUCUCCCAGCUCUCCAGCAGCAGCAACCCCACCUGCUGUCAGUGAAGUCGCCAGCGCAGCUAAACCCUCGCCAUCAGAAGCUCACACCGCUUCAGAGCCCAAAACUCAGGCUGCAGCUCCCAGUCCUUCCCAGCCCCAACCUCAGCCUUCACCAGCCCCUGCUGAAGACGCCAACAAGGACACCGCAGCUACACCUGGCUCAACAAGCACCACCCCAGCACUCGUUUCAGACAGGCAUUCACCAGCCACCCCACAGCCAGCCAGGACCCCGGGAAGCGAGGAUUCCCGGUCUGAGACAUCAGAGGGAGUGGCAGACCAAGUAAAGAAAUCAACCUUAAACCCCAACGCUAAAGAGUUCAACCCUAUCAAACCUCAAAUGCCUAUGUCGAAGCCGAACACUGCGCCCACCCCACCUCGGCCAACUCCUCCGAGCCCUGUGGUCCUUCAGCACCCAGGCGGACAGGGACCACUCUACAACCCCCCCUACCUCUCCUAUGUAUCACAGAUCCACUCUGUGCAGCCCCCACCAAUGUACCAGUACACCAUGUCUACAGUCAGCCAGGGAAAAUACCCCCGGACCAAGGGCUCAGUAGUGGCUCAGCGCUCUGACCAUGGUACUUCAGCACCACCCAUGCUGCAAGCUGCAGCGUCAGCAGCUGGGGCCCCACUGGUCGCGUCCCCCUACCCCCAGUCCUACCUUCAGUACAACCCACAGCAGUACAGCCAGCAGCAGGUCAUCCAGGCAAUGACACCCUAUCCUGGGCAGCCAAUGUACUCCAUGCUGCAAGGUGGAGCCAGGAUGUUGGGUCAAGGCGGGGGUCCUCACCCACAAGCCUUGGGACCACCAGGAGGCCCCCAGUUCUCUGCACAAGGAGACGGACCUCAGGGACCACAGCAGGGCAUCUAUGCUCCACAGUCAUUCUCCCACCACUCGGGUGCAGUUCACCAGCCCCAGCCCUCCAGCACCCCGACAGGCAACCAGCCCCCUCCCCAGCACGCAGCUCCCAGCCCUGGACAGAAUGCCCAAUCGGGCCCCCAGCCCCAGUCCUUGUACCACUCAGGUCCCUUGUCAGCACCCACCCCACCCAACAUGCCGCCGGGCCACACGUCUCCACAAGGCUCCUACCCCAUUCAGGGUUACAGCAUUCACAGCCACCAGGGCAUCCCACAGACUUAUCCCCUGGGACAGUUAGCGCAGGCCCACGUACAGGGAGCCAUGUCAGGCCCCCACCACUCAGGGAGCCACGGUCAGCCCCAGUUAGUGAUGUUGCAGCCGCCUCCUCAGCAGGGUCCCGGCUCAGUGCCCCAGCACCCCCAGCACGGACCACAGCAAGGAGCACACCAACACUUUUACAUAGGACAUCCACAAGCAAUGCAGGUACAAACGCACCCUGCUACGUUCCAUCAGCCUGGAAACUGAACCCCAUCUGCCCUCCUUCCCACCUCCCAAACUGUUCGUAGAAAUGAGCCCCGACAUCCCCACUGCCUGCUGGAUGUGAGGCCCAGACUGAAUGCGACUCAUAAAAAAACAAACUGACAGAACCGUACAGAGGAGAGAAGAGGACAAAAAGUCUUGACAGCACCUUAUUCUUCUGCUGUAAUGUUCUUCAUCAGUACAAACCUCAGUGUCAGCCCCAGACGAAAAAGGAGCUUUUCAUUGCUAAUGAUGAAGGUGGCACACGACAGCAGAAGCAGCGUCCGACCCCUGCUGCCAUCCUGCUUCUCUCCAACUGCCUCCCAGACAUGAGACACCCUGCUGGGCUGACCAGUCGGAGAGGAAUAAACACGGAUGAAAAACAGCAGCAGACACUUUAUCUUCCAGCAGUGUGUUUUUUAGCCUCACAAGGUUCCUUGACACAAAUGGCGAAACAGACUGUUGAAGGAUUUUCGUGAAUUCAGCAUGAAAGGAUGGAUUUGAAGAGGAGAGGGGAUUUUUUUUAGCAAAUAAUUUUUCCUUUUUUUUUAACUCGAUCUAGUAGUUAAAACCACCCUUUCUUCGCUUCUUCUCUCCUGUAGGAAAAUAUAAUUAAUAAAAAAUGGACAAGACAAAAAAAAUAUUAAAACAACAAUGACCAAAAAAUAAAGUUUUCAACUCAACUUCAAA